AUGGGCAAAAAGAAUACUCUGAACGCUCCGUCCUCCCAUGCGACCAGACCAAGACGUGGUGGACGCGCACAACGACAUAAGAGCGCGAGAACCUUCCGGCAAUCCCAACCGUUGUCUAGCUUCCCCGAGGACUCUGCCAAGCCUUCAAGCAUUAUCGAAGAUGACAGCUCAAAUCAUUCCUCAGUUGUGCGACCGCACAUCGAUGUACCCGUGGCGAUGUGGGAUUUCGACCAUUGUGAUCCACGCCGAUGCUCUGGGAAGAAACUCGCCCGCCUCGGUCUCAUAACGGAGCUGAGGGUGGGAUCCAGAUUUCGAGGCGUAGUCGUAUCUCCAAAAGGGAUCCUUGUCGUGAGCCCAGCAGACAAAGAGAUCGUUGGACGAGACGGUAUUGCCGUUGUCGAAUGUUCUUGGGCCCGCAUAGAUGACGUCCCAUUCUCGAAAAUUGUCAGCCCACACGAACGGCUUCUCCCCUACUUGCUUGCCGCCAACCCCACUAAUUACGGCAAGCCUUGGCGGUUGAACUGCGUCGAGGCACUUGCAGCGACUUUCUACAUUACAGGGUUCGAUCAGCAUGCGGAGACCCUGCUCAGUUCAUUUGGGUGGGGCGAUUCUUUCUGGAAAGUUAAUGGGUGCAGUUCUUCUACGAUCAUACUGCUCUUUGCUGAUCCAAAUAUUGAUGGUAGUCCGUACCUCAAACGAUACCAAACGUGCGCAUCAGCAGAAGAGGUCGCCGUGAUGCAGGAGACUAUCAUUGCAGAGCUCCAGGAGAGCUAUGAAGAAUCACGCAGGAAGAAAGAUGCAGCUAGGAGCACUGAGGAUCUUCUCGUGCGGAAUCCCAAUCAUGACAUCCCCAGUGAUGAUGAUGGGUCAAGCCCUGCGUCAGAGGGCGACCUAGAGUGA